UUACUUAAUAAGACCCAGGUGGAAUAGAUUUGUAUGUAUUUGCAUUAAACCUAAAAAUGUUUUCUGUUGAAGCAAAUAUCAAGGAAAUGCAAAGCUUUUUGCAUGUGCUGGAGCACUGAUGCAUUGACUGUCGGUGGACCAGAGAGAGCACUGCUCUCCUGAUGGUGACAGACGUCGAUAAUAGACUGGAGGUGCUUCGGGGAAUAACAGCUGGGCUCCGUGUGACGCCCUGAAGGCAUGACGUUGCCUGAGGUCCAUAAAUACAGCAGUCAGGCAAAGGAGAAAAAUGGAAAUACGGCUGCGGCUUGAAGAACGCAAUAUUUUGAAGUUAUUGUCAAGAGACAACGGGGAGGCAUCCAUCCAUUAUUUUUAACUACUUUUACUAAACAGGCUGGUAGACUCUGGCAGGGCUGAAGUAAAGAUGCUGUGGAGUCUAGUGUUAAUCGUUUUGGUUGGUUUCACAGGAAGUGAAGCGUCAAACUGUCAUGAAAACUCAUCUACAGCUUGUUGCAAAGUACAUGAUGAAAUUAAAGGGGAAUGGAAAACAUCACAGUCAUCAGACUGGAUUGAUGAAAAUGUUACAUACGAUUCUGAAAGAGCUGUUGACCCAUAUGCCGACACUUGUUCUCACACAAACCAAACAUCCGGCAACUGGUGGAGAAUUGACCUGCUGAGUGUCUACACAAUAUCUUGUGUCUGUAUCUUUAACAUAGAAAAUCAUGCUAGUAACUUAACCGGUGCCCAGAUUUACAUCGGGAACUCUAGAGAGGAGAACGGAACCGCCAACCCCACGUGUAGAAACAUAACAAACUUCACCAUUAAAAAAUGUAAUGACUUUAGGUUUAACCCGGGUGUUUCAGGACGCUACGUCACUGUGUUCUUACCGAGGAAUGACUUUUUAAUUCUGUGUGACGUAAAGAUCUUCGGAAAAAAAAAAGAAUCCCCUUUUCAGUUGAUCAUGGAGAAGAAGACAUGGGCCGAUGCGCUGGACUACUGCAGGGGCCAUCACGAGACCCUGGCUUCCAUUGUUGACGAAGAGACCCAGACCUGGGCUGAGUUGGAGGCCGACAAUUCCAGCACUCCCUUUGUGUGGGUGGGCCUUCGCUACACCUGCACCCUCGGCUUCUGGUUCUGGGUUGAGGAUCUUAUUGUAGAAUUCACUCGCUGGGCUCCAGGAAGUAAGAUAGAAGAGUGUAACAUGAGUGGUGCGAUUGAGAAACAAGGGAACCAUUCGUGGUCCACUAAAUGUGCCGACAUGGAAUUUGAAUUCAUAUGCAAAAAAUAGAUCUCAGCCGAGGUGGCAUUGAUCCAUCCUGAAAAUGUACUAAAAAUGUCCACUUUUAUCUGAAGCUUUAACAACAAUCCCUAUAUUACUUGUUAAUGUAACACCUUCUCUCACUGAUGGUCUAGUUUACUUAUGAUGGUAAUAUAGAGUCAUCAGUGUUAAUUGAUAUGGUUUCAGAUCCAGUUAAAUGUUCCUUGUGUUAACUUUAGUUGAUAUUUUAUGCACUUACUUUGUGAAAUGUGUUAACAGUAGUGUAAAUGUAUCUUUCGUUUACAAUUCAUUAUACAGCAAAAUAUUGAUUAUAUAAUCAUAGUAAAAUGUUUGAGUUUGUAGAAUGCGACUGUUUAAAACCUUUCUUACAACAUCGAGAAAGAGUUUUUUAAUUUUCUUUCAGGAAAUGGGGUUGAGUACGACGUAUGCUUAUUUUGUAAACUGAUGCUGAUUUGAAAGAAUACGUAUUCAGAAAUGGUUUGGACGUCUCUCAAAUAUUUAUGUAUAUAAAAAUGACUUGUCUGUUACAAAAAACAAAAAAAUGUUAUUUUCACGGAUCAGAUGAAAUAAAAGGAAUUACGAGCAUGCAAA